GCCGGGAACUUAUCCACCAAAGGACGAAGCGCGCACCAGCAAGUACCAGGCCCCUCGGCAAGUGUCCUUUGGCUUUAGCCGGCGCUUUAGCCGAUGGCCGCAGAACGCGGACAAGAAGCCGGGGCCAGGCGCACAUUCUGUGGCGAACUUCGAAAGGUUCAAGUAUGCAGAGCCCACCGGGCGCAGUUUUAGCCGCGCCCCACGCGGACGGCCGAAUCCGGUCAGGCAGACCGGACCAGGGCCAGGCGCUUACGGCACGAAGUUCGGCAGCGCCGAGGAAGGCCCCUCCGUGACCAUGGUCGGAAAGUUCCGAAAGCGCGGCGUGCUGAACUAUGACGAACCAGGGCCGGGAGCAUAUGAUCCAUCCACA